AUGGAGGCUACAUUCCAAGUCGACCUUGACAUCCUGCAAGACCCAUUGGUCGCGGCCAACCAAAAGGAAUGGAUGUUGGACCUCAUCUUAUCGCAGAUUGUUCCGUACCGAUACUACCAAGAGCCGCGACUGUUCCCAGAGCUGGCCUUUUACGGGACACUGCUGAAUAACAGAGCGGACUUCUGCCAAAUCUGGAGCUUUGUAACCAGAUUCCACGUAUGGAUCUACGACCUUGCCAUUACCAACUCUGAGAUGGCCGACCAGGCGAUCGAGAGCCUCAAACAAAUGCAACAGAGCCUCGAGAUCGAGAGCCUUCUGGAAGCGGCGACAUCGGCUGGUCCGAGUCCUGCUGACUAUCCUUCCCCUCCGGGAACAGUCACUGAGAGCAUUCCAGUCACACCCCAACAGGCGACCACGAGUUCAAGCCGGGCCCCAAAGUCAGCGAUUGUUGUAUCCGACCACCCUCUGCUGGUCGCAGAGCUUGAUAAGCCUGCCCUAUGUAUCUAUCAGGGGAUCAUCAAGGACCGUGAGCACUUUGCGGAGAUCAACAAUGCGUAUAAUCGUCAUGUCAAGCGCCAACCUGGGCUGACGCCAGAGGAAGAUCACUCGUGGCCCCAGAGCACGGAGAAGUGCAUUGAGUAUAUCCAGGAGAUGUACAGUGCCAUCACAAGCACCAAUGACUUCUUUGAGCUCCGAAAAGCCAAGGAACGCCUGGCAAAGGUCCGGGCGAAGACAGCUGAUAGCAAGCUCCCAGAAGCCCAGGAACAAGGCGUCAGUGGUUCAAGUGCGACAAAUGAUCCGAGGAAGCGCAAAGCGACUGAGGAGCGACCCAAAGGAUUGAGCAAGGCCGACUGGGAUCUCUUGAAGGAGGACAACUCCGCCUCUGACCGGCUCAACACGGUGAUCCAUCAUAAGAUCACAGAUGUCGAGAUUGAGGUCAUCUGCUGGCAGCUUCUGAUUGCUGCUGAAGAUGCUCAAAGGGGCUUCACGAUGAAACCUCUCUGGUCGGGUGAGAGGACCGUGUCGACCUGGGACCAUUUCACCACCUUUGGCGAGAGAUGGUCUGCAAUGGUCAAGGAGCUUCUGGACUGCAAGAUACUUGUCCAUUCUCUGCUUCGGGCCGACUGGUUUGCAAAGUUCGCAACCGCCCCAACAAAGGAACGCGCCGCAAAACUGAGCAACGAUCUGCUUAAUGGCCGCCGAGACGUGCAGAACCAGGCCGGACGUGAAAUAAUCCGCGAAAAGACAGCAGCCAAUGAGUGGACUUCGGCCGAGGACUUCGAAAUCCGAACAAAGGACGGACAGCUGGUACACAAAGGUGGCCAGAUUGGCGACAAUGCUCGGAGACAGCUCGCAAAGAGACGCAAGGCGUAG